CUGGCGGGGAUCACCUAUGGAGUCCUUUCAGCAGACGACGUUAAAGCGCAGACAUGGCUCAUUGAUAUCGGAAAUCUCCAAAGGUUGUAUCGGAAUAUCCGAUACCCGAAUUUCUCUGGUAUCGGGUCCCGAUACCGAUACUGGAUCGGAUCGACUCCAUCCCUAUUUAUAGGGGCUUAUUUAAAUAACAAGCAAAGACAACACUGAUACAUAAAACAUACAGAAACAGUAGCACCGUCAUUUCAGUCCACACUCCUUUUCAGAAGGUGGCGCUAAUGCGCAGCAGGACGCUGCUCUCCAACCGCCAAUAAAAGACAGAAGAAGAAGAAGGACCCGGAUGUCGAUCUCAGAGCAACAUGGCGCCGAUCGGCCGCAGCAUCAGCAGCGUGUCUCCGUCGUGUUGAUCAAGUAUCAGUUGUCUCCAUCAGUCCGGAUCCGGAUCCAACAGAGUCUCUCCACGUCCGGAUGAACCUCUGAUGGACUUUCAGCUGCUCACCUUUUUCUCUGGAUCUUUUUCCUCUGACUCAACAUCAAGCUAUAGAGGUUAGCUUAGCACGCUAGCUGGAAGUUAGCAGCACGGUGCUAGUCCGAGUUUAACGGAGAACCAACGGUGUUUAUCUGGAGGACACGUGUCUGAGAUUCAGUGAAGAUGUCCAACGUCCAAAUGCUGAGAUGUUUACUGAAGCAGCGAAUCACCGAGGACGCCGAAGAGACAUUUGGGCUGUUUGAAAGAACGAUAGCAGAGUACGAGGAGGAAGCUUCUGGAUUAAAAGAGGACAACGAGGGACUAAAGAAACGUCUGCGCGCUGUUUUCAACCCAGAAGUCCGCGUUCACAGAGCAGACCUCCGGCAGAUGUUCGUGGUUAAAGAGGAGCAGCAGGAGGGGAGCUCUAGUCUAGACCAGGAUGACCCAGAGUCCCCCCUUAUCAAAGAAGAGCUGCUUCAAGGGCUGGACGAGGCUGACAUGAAGGUCUCAUUCACUCUUGUGAAAAAUGAAGAUAAUGAAGAGGAAGCUCAGUCCUCACAGCUUCAUCAGAGACAAACUGAACAGAUGGAGACAGAAGGUGAUGCAGAGGACUGUGGAGGACCAGAACCAGACAGGAACCCGGGUCCAGAUGGUCCUCCAGAACCAGAUACUGAUGACGAAACUGGAGACUCAUCUGAACCAGAUACUGACGACAUUGAUGAUUGGAAUGAGACCAGAGAACCUCACGCAGGUUUAAACUCUCCUAAUAAUGAUAACGGUUCCGUCAGUGAGUCAAGAUGUAGAACAAGUGAGAAACCUUUGAUCUGUUCUGAAUGUAAGAAAACAUUUCGUUGCAUCAAAGAGCUGAAGAGACACAUGAUGAGCCACACAUCAGAGAAACCUUUCAGCUGCUCGGAGUGUGGUAAAUGUUUCACUGCAAGUGGAAGUCUAAAGACUCACAUGAGAUGUCACACAGGCAAGAAACCUUUCAGCUGCUCACAGUGUGGUAAACGUUUCACUGCAAGCGGAAGUCUAAAGACUCACAUGAGAUGUCACACAGGGGAGAAACCUUUCAGCUGCUCACAGUGUGGUAAACGUUUCACUGCAAGCGGAAGUCUAAAGACUCACAUGAGAUGUCACACAGGGGAGAAACCUUUCAGCUGCUCACAGUGUGGUAACUGUUUUGCUCAAAACGAACACCUGAAGCUACAUAUGAGGUGUCACACAGGGGAGAAACCUUUCAGCUGUUUACAGUGUGGUAAAUGUUUCACUGCAAGCGGAAGUCUAAAGACUCACAUGAGAUGUCACACAGGCAAGAAACCUUUCAGCUGCUCACAGUGUGGUAAAUGUUUCACUGCAAGCGGAAGUCUAAAGACUCACAUGAGAUGUCACACAGGGGAGAAACCUUUCAGCUGCUCACAGUGUGGUAAAUGUUUCACUGCAAGCGGAAGUCUAAAGACUCACAUGAGAUGUCACACAGGGGAGAAACCUUUCAGCUGCUCACAGUGUGGUAAAUGUUUCACUGCAAGCGGAAGUCUAAAGCCUCACAUGAGAUGUCACACAGGGGAGAAACCUUUCAGCUGCUCACAGUGUGGUAACUGUUUCGCUCAAAACAAACACCUGAAGAUACAUAUGAGGUGUCACACAGGGGAGAAACCUUUCAGCUGCUCACAGUGUGGUAAAUGUUUCACUGCAAGCGGAAGUCUAAAGACUCACAUGAGAUGUCACACAGGGGAGAAACCUUUCAGCUGCUCGGAGUGUGGUAAAUUUUUCGCUCAAAACGAACACCUGAAGCUACAUAUGAGAUGUCACACAGGGGAGAAACCUUUCAGCUGCUCACAGUGUGGUAAAUGUUUCACUCAAAAAGGAAAUCUGAAUAAACACAUGCAAUGUCACACAGGGGAUAAACCUUUCAGCUGCUCACAGUGUGGUAAAUGUUUCACUGCAAGCAGAAGUCUAAAGACUCACAUGAGAUGUCACACAGGGGAGAAACCUUUCAGCUCUGCAGAGUGUGGUAAAUCUUUCACACAAGGUGGAACACUGAGGAAGCAUCAAUGUCAAACUGUAAAAGUCCACAUGCAAACUCACACAGAUGAGAAUCCUCUUUAGCCCCUUUACCCAAUCAGCACCCUCUCUUGGUUACAUCAUUGUUGCCCAUGUGAGUUUUGACAUGGAAACUCAUCCACGGAGGCUCUCACCUCCCUGGCUGAUGGAGCUCAACCUCCACAAGGUUCAGGUUUCUCCUCCCCGAGAAGUGGUAUUGCUUUUCACUAGAGCCAGUCUGUGAAGCCUGAGGUUGUCACACAAGCUGCAUAUCUCUUUGAGUGGUGCGCCCAUAGAGCGGCUGCUCCAAAUACAUCUUAGUUUUUUUCUAGUCGAACCAAAUACCUCAUGUCUAGUAGGGCUGCAACAACGGAGCGAUGAAACUAAUUUCAUUAUUGAUUUGUUGUGUUGCGCGAUUAUUUCGUCCCUCAAUGAGUUCAUGUUAAAGUGCGGACUUGUAGAAAAAUACCAGAAGGCCUUUAAUGUUUUUAUGCCUUAAGAUUUUUUUUUUUGAAUAUUGUUUAAACGUUUUUUUAGGAAAUUUGUUGUUAGGAUUUAGGUUGGAUGUUUUUUUACUGGUUAUUUUAAUAUUCAUUGUCUGUUAAUCUGCAUUUUCACCUGAGUACAUAUUUGGAUAACUUUGUAUUAAGCAGCAAAACAAGAAUAAAAUCAUUUAUGAUCAUCAA